AUGGCGACGAUGACGAGCUUGAUCGGUCUCAUCAAUAAGAUCCAACGAGCCUGCACCGUUUUAGGCGAUUACGGCGGCGAGGGUUUAUCGCUCUGGGAGGCUCUUCCCUCCGUUGCUGUCGUCGGUGGCCAGAGUUCAGGAAAAUCGUCGGUGCUUGAAAGCGUGGUCGGAAGAGAUUUUCUGCCUCGUGGAUCUGGUAUUGUUACACGGAGACCACUAGUGCUGCAACUUCACAAGACAGAUAAUGGGACACAGGAGUAUGCGGAGUUUCUUCACUUACAGAGAAAGAGAUUCACUGACUUUGCUGCUGUGAGGAAGGAAAUAGCAGACGAAACAGACCGUAUUACUGGGAAGACAAAACAAAUAUCAAACAUUCCAAUUCACCUCAGCAUUUAUUCUCCAAAUGUUGUAAACUUGACCCUCAUAGAUCUUCCUGGGCUGACAAAGGUUGCAGUAGAGGGGCAACAGGAGAGUAUUGUUCAAGAUAUUGAAAACAUGGUCCGCUCUUAUGUUGAAAAGCCAAACUGCAUUAUCUUAGCUAUCUCUCCUGCAAAUCAAGAUAUUGCCACUUCAGAUGCCAUAAAAAUUGCAAGAGAAGUUGACCCUUCAGGUGAAAGAACAUUUGGUGUUGUUACCAAACUUGAUCUUAUGGAUAAAGGAACUAAUGCGGUUGAUGUUCUCGAGGGAAGGCAAUACAGGCUGCAGCAUCCAUGGGUUGGAAUUGUGAACCGUUCACAAGCUGAUAUUAAUAGAAAUGUUGACAUGAUCGCAGCUCGUAGAAAGGAGCGGGAAUAUUUUGAGACAAGUCCUGAAUAUGGACAUUUGGCACAUAAAAUGGGAUCAGAAUAUCUUGCCAAGCUUUUAUCUCAGCAUUUGGAGCAAGUUAUCAGGCAGAAGAUACCUAGUAUCAUUGCCUUAAUAAAUAAGACUAUUGAUGAGCUUAAUGCUGAGUUGGACCGUAUUGGCAGGCCAAUUGCUGUGGAUUCAGGGGCCCAACUGUACACUAUUUUAGAGAUGUGUCGUGCAUUUGACAAAGUAUUUAAAGAACACCUGGAUGGAGGACGUGCUGGUGGGGACCGGAUAUAUGGAGUUUUUGAUCACCAAUUACCAGCUGCUUUAAAAAAGCUCCCUUUCGAUCGCCAUCUUUCCUUGAAAAAUGUCCAGAGAAUUGUCACUGAAGCUGAUGGGUACCAGCCCCAUCUAAUUGCUCCCGAGCAGGGUUACAGAAGACUCAUUGAAGGAUCUAUCGGUUAUUUCAAAGGCCCAGCCGAAGCCUCUGUGGAUGCUGUUCACUUUGUUUUAAAGGAACUUGUACGGAAAUCAAUUGCAGAAACUGAGGAACUGAAAAGAUUUCCAACACUUUCAAAUGAUAUAGCAACUGCCGCAAAUGAAUCUCUUGAAAAAUUCCGAGAAGAAAGCAGGAAGACAGUUGCACGGUUGGUUGAUAUGGAGUCUAGCUAUUUAACCGUGGAGUUUUUCAGGAAGAUUCAUUUUGAACCAGAAAAGAAUCCCAAUGGACCACCAAAUCCAAAUCGGAAUGGUCCACCAAAUGUGGACAGUUAUACUGACAAUCACCUGCGCAAAAUUGGAUCAAAUGUAAAUUCCUAUAUCAGUAUGGUUUGCGAUACACUUAAGAAUACCAUACCCAAGGCCGUGGUUCAUUGUCAAGUUAGAGAAGCUAAGCGAUCAUUGCUAAACCACUUUUACGUUCAAGUUGGCAGGAAGGAGAAGGAGAAAUUGAGUGCUAUGUUGGAUGAAGAUCCAGCCCUUAUGGAAAGGAGAAAUCAAAUAGCUAAAAGGCUUGAAUUAUACAAGCAAGCUAGGGAUGAUAUUGACUCCGUGGCUUGGAAAUAA